GCUGGGACAGCUGAAUCAGCAUGGAUCGGCAUGAUGCCGUCAGAAACGUGGUCAUCAAGAUUAUAAUCGACGACGCCUUGUUUUAGCUUUAUCUUAUCAUACAUUAUUGAAAAUCAUGGACGACAUCGCCGAGACAAUCGUAGCGCAGGCUACAGAUCCAAAAGUGGCGUUUAUAGCCGCUGCUCUCUUCGGUUAUUGUUUAUAUAAACUCAUGACCAUGGUAAAUAGAAAAAGUCCUCAGCAAAGUUCCUUUGCGGAAGACUCCGACGAAACGGAUGAUGACGACGUGGUAUAUACGGAUAAAUAUGAUAAUUACAAGUUGAUCCUGGUAAUUAGAACGGAUUUGAAAAUGGGAAAAGGAAAAGUAGCAGCUCAGUGUUCACACGCUGCUGUUGCAGCAUACAAAGCUGCUAAGAAACAUCCAAAGAUUCUAAGAGCAUGGGAAGAAUCUGGCCAAGCUAAAAUCACUCUUAAGGUGGACAGCGAGGUUGCUCUUACAGAGAUAGCAAAGCAAGCUAAAGCUGCAGGUCUCUUAUCGAAUGUUGUACAGGAUGCAGGACAUACGCAAAUACCAGCAGGAAGUAAAACGGUAUGUGCAGUCGGACCGGGUUCAGCAAAAUUAGUAGAUCAAGUAACUGGUCAUUUAAAGUUAUUUUAACUGCUUAUGAAAUAAAGACCGAGUCCUUUGAUAUAUCUUUGACUUUAUAUUUUUUAUUUUUAAUAUCCCCAAAUAUCUCGUCUUAU